AAUCCAUUUUGUCACAGACCCUUACGAUAUAUAAGCACAACAUCCUCAUUUCUGAAAUACGAAGACAGAAGACGGGAGCCCAGAAACACCUGUUACUGAACAACAAGCGUCCAAAGACACAUUGCCCUGUAUCAAGAGCCAGCAUGCUGCCUGACGCGUUAGCCCAGCCGGUAACAAAGUGCCUGAUUGCGUCGCGUUUGGGGGGCGUCGCGUUCCUGGUGCUGCUCAUCCUGUCCGCCACUGCGACCGCACACGGCACCACAGUAGAGCACGACCUCCACAUCGUCCACAACGUCGAUAACAGAAGUCCAGAGAUUGACCCGUUCUGGUACGUGGGGCGUGGUGUGAGACCCAUCGGGCGGUUUGGGAAGAGACUGAGUGGAAGCGGUCUACAGCCUGUGGUUAAGUCUCUGGAGCUUCUGUUAAACACUCUCAGGAAUAAAGAGAACUUGCGUAGUGCGCUGGCACAGGAUGAUUCAGACUGGUUACCUUAACCUCCUCAUCCCUACAUCUACAUCUGCCUGUGAUACUGAAGUGUAUUGUGUGUAACUGUUCUGUUUUCUCAUGAUCUCUCUGGCUAUGUGUACCCCAACAUUUAUUUCAAAUAAAAUGACUGGCAAAUGAAAAUAUCUGUACAUACUACAAAUGCAAUCUAUAUUAAUAAAUAACUUGACAAAUGUA